AUGUCAACGCCAACGUCACAGUCAUCGGAUCGUGGUCGCCGCACGGUCGAAUCCAUUGUACAAAUUCCGCAACUCAGUUGCGAGUUGUGCCAGAAGCGCAAGGUCAAAUGCGACAAGUCAAACCCAUGCUCUAGUUGUGUAAAGUCAGAUACGACAUGCGUACCUAUCUAUCGUAAACGACUUCCUCGUGGUCGGCACGUCCAUCAUCGGCCCUCUGCAAUAACGAAUGAAGAAGAUGAACUGAGGGAUCGGAUCCUUCGGCUAGAGGCUUUAGUUGCAAACCUGAGUGGCGUGUCGGAUUCAUCAGCGACCAAUACUCCUUCGAACCUUGAGUUGGCAAUGCCAUCUGGUAGCUCCGAAGCCGCCGAUGCUAUGGGCGUUGGGAAGCAAUUUGGGCGACAGUUUUGGGCUCACAUUGCAGAAGAGAUUGGCGGCCUUCGUAACAUCGUCGGUACUCCUUCUGAUGAUGGGGAGAACGUAUGGUCCAAUACUAAGGCAGCCUCAAGCCCUAGACUGCGAUUACUAGGAAUUGGCUCCACUCGGGGCGGUAGCCUUGGGGAAAAUGAGAGCCUCUUAACUGAUACCAAGCUGGCAGCCCAGCUUUGCCAGGUCUAUCUGCGGCAGGUAGACCCUAUCGUAAGGCUCCUGCAUCGACCUUCACUAAGCAAGUUCAUGUUAGACGGCCAACGCUACUUAAGCUACGAUCUUAAUCACAUAUCCGCAAUAUGCCUAAGCUCUGCUGUCUGUUAUUCGGCUCUAGCUAGUAUGACAGAUGAACAAUGCCAAACCUUGCUUAAUAUGGAUAGGUCCAUAUUAAUAGCUGAAUAUAGAGCAGCAUGCGAAACUGCACUAGAAAGAGCGGAUUUGAUCAGCACAGACGAUGUCACCAUUCUACAAGCCUUUGUAUUAUACCUUUUCGCUAGACGGACCGAGGAUUCCAGUCGCGUUAUCUGGACCAUGUUCGCCAUCGCUGUGCGGAUCGCAAAAGCCCUUUUACUCCACUUAGAAAAGAUGGAGUCUUUUUUCAACCGACAGGUUAGACAGCGAUUGUGGAAUACUAUUUGUCUCUUAGAUCUCCAAACCUCAUUUGGGCAAAUUGCCGAGCCUCUCGUUGGACUCGGUGGAUUCCCGUCGAUUCUGCCAUUGAAUAUUAACGAUUGCGAUUUUGAUGUCGACACCGUCGGAGAGCUCAUGGGUAGAGAUGGGUUGACUGAUAUGACCUUUGCUCUUGUUCUUUACAGCGCGGAGCGGACCGGACGGCUUCUAAACUUCCACGGUAAAGAAUUGGUCGACUUCAAUUGGGAACAAAGAGAAGAACACGUAUCGCGCUUUGAACAAAGUGUGCUUAACCUUUUAAAUUUCUGCGACCCAGAAUCAAGUCCGUACGCUUGGUCUACCUUUCAUGGGGCGCAGAUGAGGAUAGUAGCCAUGCGUCUUACAGCUUUAAGACCAUUACAUCGUCUAAGCAAUAGACCGACUCCACAGGCUCAAAAUAUCAAUCUACUUAAUAGCGCCUUAGAAGUUUUAAAUAAGGUGCACCUUAUCAGAACAGAUCCAAGGGGAGAGGGAUUUAGAUGGUAUGAAGUAGUUCAGUGGCAUACUCUUGCGAUUGCUAUUAUAGAAUGCUUCUGUGCUGAUACCGACACCCUUCGUAUCUCUUGGCCAUUGGUGGAGGCGUCAUACGAGGACUACCGGACCGACCUUAAAAAUUACCACCAGGGGAUGCUAAGGAAACCAUUAGAAAUGCUCAUGAACCGGGUCCAGACAAGAGUUAAUUAUCUUCUAAGUGGCUCAAAUCCUUCUGGCCAAUUUUCACAGUCUGAGGCUGGAUCAUUGGCCCCCUUUGAUACAGGCCAGCCGACUUAUUACCCUUAUUCACAACCUUUAAACGCCGCGGAUGAGAUGGAACCAUCUGAAUUGACGGGCCUACCUCCUACCCAACAACUGGCCCAACAGCAUAUGAACACCCUCAAUUCCAAUAUCGGCGCAGUCCAUCCGCCCAUAUCUUACGGGAACAAUAUGUUCAUGCCAUCUUCGGUACCUCCGUGGUUUUUGUCACAAUUACCAUAUAACCCAAGUCCCCAAAUGGGUGGUCUGUUUGAAGACAUCAGUGGCGUCUCUAGUAAUAUGUCAAGCAGGAUAUGGGAAGAGUUCGUAUCCAAGUUACCAUUCGAGGAUUCCCUCCAGGUUCCUACGUGAUGGAGUUAAGUUAGAAAUCUAAUGUAAAGAGCUUAGAAUAACCGAUAGUCACAGUUGGUUGCAUCUCCUUCGAAAAACUUGUCUAUAAAUAACAGCGUUAUAGAUGUCUUGACCAAAAGCGUCGCACGUCUGCUGGCCAUGGAGGGCCAAGACCGUGUGAAUUGAAAGGUUGUUGUAUAGUGAGGCGCUUUUCUUUAGUGGCGGAGCUCCUCGAGUUAUAGCGGUCAGCCACUAAUUUUAGCCGAAGUGCCACUAUGGAUUUUAUAACGAGCCCGUCUUAGCUUAUAGUUAAUACAGUAUUAAUCGAUCGUACUAUGGGAAAAGUAUGGAUGAAAAAUAUGUUCAAGAUUGAAGAUAAGGUUACGCAAUGAACUGCUUCCUUG